UCUUGGUCUUGGUCGUGGUGGAGCGGCAAUUGUAUGCCCAGGGCUCGUUUGGGGCUGGACCUGCUUGGGUCGGGCCUCUUGGCCGAGUCUCAUCGGGCAGUGUCCUUUGGCGAGCCUCAUUUGGCGAGCCGGGUGUGACUUUCACAUGACUGAGCCGCAGCCUUGCGGAGUGUCGGCUUGGCAUGUCCUGCGCUUGGGCUUGCGCUCGGUCGAUCUCCUCUCGCCUGUUGCUGAUCUGCUGCUGCUGACGGCCCUUCGUCCCUGACCAUUGGCGUGCUCGAUAGACUCUCCUCCAUCUCCGUUCGAGUGUCUGUGUUCGCCGGCCCCAUCCACCGCCUCAGGCUGACUGUGUCCGUCCCUGCCAGUGCUGUUGAGCUGCUCAAGAAACCAAAGCCAUCGCCAACAUGUUCAAGAUCCGCCCGUCUCUGCUCUUCCCGGCAUCGAUCGUUCCGGCUCUUGCACGCCGACUCAUUCCGAACCCUGCUGUCCGAGCAACUGCUCGGCUCGCUGUUUCUAGUGUAUCGCAGCUCCAGCCGCGUGCCUUCACAGUCGGCGACCGCCCGCAGCAUGACUCCAUGGCAAGACCCUCGCCAAAGCUUGGGCAGCUUGUUCCGGCCCAGCGGCUUCGAGGAGCUCCCGCAAGCAUCUUUUCCCACACCGUCAACCCGUCAAUCUUGCACCGAUCGGAGCUUGACGCCAAGCUUGUUAUAAGGCGUCUAUUCCACAUGGCUCGCCCCGUCGAAAUGGCGCAAGUGCCCGAGCCGGCCGGAUCCAGCUCCGCAUCGAACUCUGGAUCUGCUAAUGAGCGCAAGGAGCCGCGCGAUAUCAAGACGCUGAUGCGAGAAUACGGCUUGCUGGCGAUCGGGGUGUACUUCACCUUCUCAACGAUUCUGUUCAUCUCGUGCUUCAUUUCGAUCAACUUCCUGGGCGUUGAUGCAGCCAUGGUGCAGUCGAUCUUUGACAAAAUCAAGAGCACAUUGGGUCUCCACGUCGAGACUCCCGAAGAGCGGCAGUUGCGGGUCGAGAAGGAGCGCGACGAGGAGGCCACCGGCAUCAAGGCCAUCGUCUCGGCCUGGAUCAAGAACCCGGCGAUUCUGACACUCGCUGGCAAUGUUUUGCUGGCUAUGGCCAUGACCAAGCUCUUCAUCCCUCUCAAGGUCCCCCUGGUGGCCUUUGUGACGCCGAUCGUGGCCCGCAGACUGAGGGCAAUGGGCUACCACAUUGGGCAAAAGGGAGGAUUGGCCGACGCGGCCAAAACCGUGCGCGAGAAGAUGCACCACCGCCAAUGAGCAGCAAGCCGAGGUUUUCCGAAGCCUGCACAAUCGCCCAUCCAGUCCCAGGAUGGCCAUGAUCGGCCUGGACCACCGCCAAGGACAUCCGGGCAACAAAUCUCGAUAUGAUAUGCAUCCACCAAUACAGUCUAUCCAGAAAGAAACGGGACACUUCCACUUCCUGGCUUCAGAUGUCUGAACCCCACUGACUGACUGUAGGCCCCAGUGAGCAGGCCAUGGGAUUGUUUCCCGUCUUGGUUGGCAAUCGAG